AGCCUCAUAGGUGCUAUGCUAACGAAGGGGCGGCUAGUGCGGAAUGAGUAGGUGACGUCAGCGCUCGUCCAGCGGACAGAGCGAGCCUGCGCGCGUGUGUCUGUGUGUGUGUAUAACAAACAUGGCGACAGGAUGGUGCGGAAAGAAGGGGAGCGCGCUAACUUUGAUGGUUUUUCUUUGCACCCGAGUUUGCACGAGCGCAGCGGAGAGCGGCGCGGGGGACGCAGGAGAGAGUCGCGUCCUCGGCAUGCGGCUGGAGAGCAGCGACAAGCCGGCCACGACCGCCGAGGACGGUGUGAUCCAGGUGACCGAGGAGAGCAGCGUGUCUCUCCGCUUCUACGGGCUGCACCUCAGCAACGACACCCGGGCGCAGAUCAGGUUCGUGGACCUCGGGGGGGACGCCGGCGGUGGUGGCGGUGGUGGAGGAGGUGGCGACGAGGAGAAGCUCAACGGCACCUGCGCCGAUUUCACCAAAGACAUCUUCUUGAGGGGCAGCCUGAACGUGAGUAAGCAGGGCACCUCCGCGGUGCUGCGCUUAAAAGUCAAACUGCUGCGCAAAGGCGAGACGCACAGGGACUACGGGGUGUGCAUCAGGAACGAGAGGGAUGGCAAGUGGUACCUGCUGGGCGAGCAGGACGGCAUGCUGCGCGUGGUGGAGGAGAAGAAGUCCUUGCUCCCCCUGUGGUUCCAGGUGAUCCUGAUCUCUGGCCUUUUGAUGCUGUCAGGUAUGUUCAGUGGUCUCAACCUGGGCCUCAUGGCUUUGGACCCUAUGGAGCUGCGCAUUGUACAGAGCUGUGGCACGGACAAGGAGAAAAAGUAUGCUCGAAAGAUUGAGCCUAUUCGAAGGGAAGGGAACUACCUGCUUUGUUCACUCCUUCUAGGUAAUGUGUUGGUCAACACGACUCUUACCAUCCUCCUGGAUGACCUUAUAGGUUCAGGUGUGGGUGCUGUGGUGGCCUCCACCAUUGGCAUUGUCAUAUUUGGUGAAAUUGUGCCUCAGGCCCUGUGCUCUCGCCAUGGCUUGGCAGUAGGUGCCAACACCAUCCUGCUCACCAAGUUCUUCAUGCUGCUGACCUUUCCUUUGUCCUACCCCAUCAGCAAACUGCUGGACUGCGUCUUGGGCCAGGAGAUGGGCACGGUCUACAACCGCGAGAAGCUGGUGGAGAUGCUGAAAGUGACAGAGCCCUACAAUGACUUGGUGAAAGAGGAGCUCAACAUGAUCCAGGGUGCACUGGAGCUCAGGACUAAGACCGUGGAGGACGUCAUGACUCCUCUAAGUAACUGUUUUAUGAUUCACAGCGACGCCGUCCUGGACUUCAACACCAUGUCGGAGAUCAUGGAGAGUGGCUACACGCGCAUCCCUGUGUUUGAGGAUGAGCGCACCAACAUUGUGGACAUCCUCUUUGUGAAAGACCUGGCCUUCGUGGAUCCAGAUGACUGCACGACCUUGAAGACCAUCACCAAGUUCUACAACCACCCGGUCCACUUUGUUUUCCACGACACCAAGCUGGAUUCCAUGUUGGAGGAGUUUAAGAAAGGUAAAUCCCACCUGGCCAUCGUCCAGAAGGUGAAUAAUGAGGGGGAGGGGGAUCCGUUCUAUGAGGUUUUGGGAUUGGUCACUUUGGAGGACGUCAUCGAGGAGAUCAUCAAAUCAGAGAUCCUGGAUGAAUCGGACCUUUACACUGACAAUCGUACCAGGAAAAAAGUGGCGCCCAAUAAGAACAAGCGAGACUUCUCCGCCUUCAAGCACGAGAGUGAAUCUAAAGUCAAGAUUUCUCCUCAGCUGCUGCUGGCUGCCCACCGCUUCCUAGCCACAGAGGUGAAUUUGUUCUGUCAGUCUCAGAUCUCAGAGAAGAUUCUGUUGAGGAUCUUGAAGCACCCAGACGUGAUCCAGGAUAUCAAAUUCAAUGAGAACGACAAACGGUCGCCCCAGCACUACGUCUACCAGCGCGGCAAAGCCGUCGACUACUUCGUCCUCAUACUGCAGGGUCGUGUGGAAGUGGAGGCUGGUAAUGAAAAUAUGAAGUUUGAGACAGGUCCCUUCUCCUACUACGGUGUCAUGGCACUUAGUGCCCCCACACUAGUGAAAGUCUCUCGCCCUCGUCAUUUCUCUCUAAAGAGGCUUUCUCUCUUCUCCCGUUUCCCAGAGUUCCGCUCGCCAUCUCAUCUCAGCGGUUUGAACCGUUCAGCAUCUCUGAACUACACUGACCGCACUGAGUCACAGUCCAUCAGCGGCAGCAACACACAGCUCAACAGUGCCCCCUCUCCACAGUACAUCCCCGACUUCAACGUACGCGCACUGACAGACCUUCAGAUUGUCAAGAUCACUCGAUCACAGUAUCAGAAUGGUCUCAUAGCGUCACGGUUGGACAGCUCACCCCAGUCUCCAGACAGCGGACACGCACAAGUGGACCAGAACACACCUGUGGAGAACAACACACCUGUAGUGCCUCAGUCUCUUUCAGAACACACGCUCACACUGCCCCUCACAGACACACCCCCGGACGAACACACGUCGCUCCUGAACGAGCAGAACUGCUUGCCUGCGCGCCAGGCGGGCCACAAUAUACACAGCGAUAGCGCCAUCUGACGCACACUUACUUACACGCACAUUUCAAACAGACUGCUAUAUGUGCACAGAGACUGACGUCAAUAACAGUGAUUGCUAUACACGUACUGUGUCUGCAGCUUGGCAGAUCCAGGAGAAGAUAUGACUUAUUCACUUACUCACUCACAUACAUACACACUCACUCAGACCUUGACAACUGAUAUUCUCCAGCCACACAAACUCACAGUACAUGCGCCAUAACAGUUGCCAACAAAAGGAUGGAGACAGAAUUGUCUGGGUGUGCAAGAGAGACAAAGAGAGAGAAAGAGUGUGUGUUUUCUGGUCCUGGAAGAGAUGACCACUUAACUGACCAGUGUUAGUGUGAACUGAAAGGGUUCCCUCUCCAAACACAAUCCUUGGGGCGUUUUUUAAAAAUUGCACAAAUUGGAGGAGGGAUGCUUCUUUAUAAACCAAAACAUAGAUAUUUUAUUUUUCGCACUUUUAAAAAAAAGAAUGCUCACAGAGUGUCAAUGUGAUUCUCCGUGAGACAAGUUGUUAACAUUAAAGCAACAGUCAAAUUUACACAGUUUUCCUCCUUCGUCAAACAUAGCCGAUCUGACAUGUUUAAUGUCCGAAAUUGCUUAUUUAGUUUUUACACUUCAGCUAGUAAGUAAUGGAAACUUAUGCCAGCAACCUUGAAGCCUAAUUUCUGUCAGUGUUUGUCAUACAGUGUCUGAAACCACAUAAGCAAGUCUGUUUAAGAUUAUUUAACAGCUUGACACAGUUAAGUGUAUGAUGCAGUGUGUACAGUGCAAAUUGGUGCUGUAUAAUCUUCCAUUGCUUGUUAGCUACAUUAGCCUUAUAGCUCCAGUGAAGAACUAAAGAAGCAAACACUGCUAAUCGACUACAUUUGGGGUAAAAUGAAGAUUAUUUAAGUUAUCGCUUUAAACCGCUUUGAAUCUAAACUGUAAGGGAAAACGUGCAUGCAUGUGUGGGACGGACAAGUGAGGCAAAGUAAGUGUGUGAGUAGGUGAAAGUGAGCGAAAAAGAGUGCAUACAAGUAAGUUAAAGGGGAAUUCCACUAUUUUUUUAUCUUCUCUCUGCAUAAUUUAUUCACUGAGAUGUACACAAAGUCAUUCAGAGUGGUUUUAUUUGAUGCGUCCAUUGUAUUGAAACUCAGUGACGUACUGAUUUCUUUACAGUGGUGGUGAUAGGAACCAGGUGCCACAGUGUGUACAAUGCAAAUAUAGCCAUUUUAUUUACUAUCCAAAACGACGAGUGACCCUUCAACUGUCCUCUGAGUUUAUAUGUAUAAUGGUAAAAUAGUGGUAAAUCUGA